GUUGUGAUAGUGAUGUGUUUUAGGUUAUGUUUUUGUUAUUUUUGUACAUAAUUGUAACGUAAUAUGUAAAUUAAAGUAAUAUGUACACAUAUAUCCAAUACAUUAUAAAAAAAGAAAAUCUGUAUUCAAUGUGUGAUUUAAAUGCAUUAUAAAAAAUAAAUCCAGUCAUUUCGUAAAUAAAAUAUUUAAUUUAAUAAGUGAAUAUAGUGAUUAUGUUGUGAACCAAGAUUAAAGUGUACGGAAGUUAUUAACAAUGAGGACCGGUAGUGAUGGCAAAGACUCCGAGAAGGAAAAGUUGAACCCUAAUGGAUGGCUACAGUCUCGACCCAGUCAGCAGUUCAACGUGAUACGACGGGUCUACCAGCAGGAUGCACUCAACAAGGAUGCGGAUUAUCAGGUUCCAGAAAAACCACUGGGAUAUAGAUGCAAGAGGGUAGUUAAAAACUGUGGCUUCGGCGAUUGUCUCCUCAACUCGCUACCAAUUGCGAGAUGGUUACCGAAAUACAAUGUGAAGAGGGAUUUGGUUGGAGACCUGGUAGCCGGCGCUACAACUGCAGUCAUGCACAUACCACAAGGUAUGGCCUACGCGAUGUUAGCUGAAGUGCCUCCUAUAGUCGGUCUAUACAUGGCGUUUUUCCCAGUACUUAUAUAUGUGAUAUUUGGCACAUCGCCCCAUGUGUCUAUGGGAACAUUCGCGGUUGCCUGCCUUAUGGCGGGAAAGGUAGUUUUACAGCAUUCAUCUCAUGCGGAGUUGGUCACUGCUGUUAACGUUACAACUUCAGAAGGGCCCCCUUUGUUGACUGGAGGAUAUUCACCGGUAGAAAUCCUCAGCAUACUUUCCUUAACAAUAGGCUUAAUGCAAGUUAUAAUGUGGAUGAUGAGGCUUGGCGCGGUGUCCACACUGCUCUCAGAGCCUCUCGUCUCUGGUUUUACGACCGCUGCCUCAUUUCACGUUCUGACUUCCCAGCUGAAAGACCUUUUUGGGGUCAAAUUACCAAAAUUGGGAUCCAAUUACAAAGUUUUAUUUACUGCUAUCGAAAUCGCCAAGAAUAUAACAAACGCGAAUUGGGUUGCGUUCGGAAUAUCAGCGGUCGCUUGCACUAUAAUUGCUUUGAACAAUGAAAUUUUAAAGCCUCGUGUUAGCAAGAUAAGUCGCGUCCCAGUGCCUAUAGAGCUGUUGGCGAUCGUACUCGGAACUCUAGCUUCUAAAUUUGGCAAUCUCAAAGAAUUAUAUGGAAUUUCUUUAGUCGGAACUAUUCCCACUGGUCUACCAGACCCGAAAGUGCCAGCUAUAGAAAUGAUGCCUACGAUAGCCUUGGAUGCCUUCACCAUCACCAUGGUAACAUACACCAUAUCCAUGUCCAUGGCACUGAUCUUCGCAACCAAGGAGAAGUACGAGGUGGAUGCCAAUCAGGAGCUACUGGCUUUGGGCGCAAGCAAUAUGUUUGGCUCAUUCUUCGGCUGCGCUCCACUCUGCGCGAGUUUAUCCAGAUCUUACAUCCAGUAUCAGGCAGGCAGCAAGACUUGCCUAACCUCAGUGGUUAGCGCCUCCUUAAUCUUGUGCGUUCUGCUUUGGGUGGGGCCCUUGUUCGAGCUGCUGCCUCGUUGCGUGCUCGCUUCCAUCAUCGUCGUGUCCCUCAAGGGCAUGUUCAUGCAAGUCAAGGAGCUGGCCAAAUUUUGGAAGCUGAGCAAAUUGGACGCAAUCGUGUGGCUCGUAACAUUCUUGAUCACGUUGUUAAUAGACAUUGAUAUUGGACUUGGAGCCGGAUUACUGGCAAGUGUAGCGGCAUUGUUCUGUCGUUCUCAGAAGCCCUACACGUGUCUCUUAGGACGAGUCCUAGAUACCGAUCUAUAUCUAGACAUAAAGAGGUACCGAGCUGCAGAAGAAAUAUCAGGUAUCAAAAUAUUCCACUAUUGUGGUGGUCUCAAUUUCGCCAGUAAGAACCUGUUCCGUGUGACUUUGUUCAGGAAGAUUGGGUACUUGAAGCAGCAACAGGCUGAUGACGAAAGCAAUCUCGAUAAGAGUGAAACACUUGAAUGGGACUCGAGUAUAAACAAUAAGGUACAAUGUGUUAUUAUAGACGCAACUGCAUUAUCAUAUGUAGAUGCGCCAGGUAUAAAAAGUCUCGUCGCAGCACAAAAGGAACUAGUUUCGAACGGCAUCACAGUUCUACUUGCAGGAGCUAAUGGACCAGUACUAGAAAUGAUUGAACGAUACAAUUCUCUAGAAACCGAACAGUUGCAACUGGACACAUUCCCCACCGUCCACGAUGCUGUCGUCUACUACAAAAUGUUAGAAGCGAAGAAAGAUACAUCUAUAACUAUACAAACCUGAUAAACGAGUUCAAAUAUGUAGUAAAACAUAAAGAAUGAUGUUGUUUUAGAUUCAUUGCAUUUUGAGGCCUAUGCUUUGUACAAUAAAACUCAUAUUUACUUAUCGUAAAUAUAAUGUUUAAGCUUAUAUGCACGGACAAUAAACAUAACACAAUACAGGACUUUAAAUAAUACACUCUGAACCAAGUGAAAUUAAAUUAUUUUGUCUCACAGUGGUCUCUUUUGAGCCGAUGUAUAUAUUUUGAAAAAAUAUAUGUCAGUAAUUUUUUUUUAUUAUGUUUAGAAUUCUUUUUGAUAAUAAUAUAAAUGGUUUUAUGAAAUGUAAUUAAGAAAAUUUUAUUAGUUUUAUAUUAUUGAAAUUUAUUACAAAAUUGAGAGGAGGUAUAUAAGGUAUGUAGUGGUCUGAGUGAUGCUAUGUUAAUAAUUUUAUCUGCGGCCGCUGAGAGAAUGGACGUCACUUUGAAAUGGGGAAGAACUCACGAUAAUAAUACUACUAUUAUUUGCCCUUACGUUACGUUUAUUUGCCCUAAAAAAGAAUAAUGUUAUUAACUAAUUUAGCAAAUUUUUAUAAUUUUGAGCUUAAUAUAAUAUUUAAUUUUUAUUUUUUUUAAUUCAAUAACACGCUUAAAAAUGCAUUCUCUCAGCGGUCGGGCUUUCGAAUAACAAUGAAUUUUAUUGAAUAAUACUACAGAUGAGCAUUCUUAAUUAAAAAUCUUGUAAGAUAACGUCACUAGAUACGUUGCCUUAGAAAAAUUAAAUAUUAAUUCUUAGAAUUAUUUUUUUGUCAGUGAGAAUAAUAUUAGCUUAUAUUAUAUAUAGUAUUAUAUAGGCUGUAUUAGUGUUAUUGAAGAUUUAUUUAUAAAAUAAAUAAAGUGAAACUGAGUAAUUGUAAAUUGUUAUUCGAUUAUUUAAGUAAUGAGCCACAUUGGCGUAAAACUAUAUCUCAUAUUUUUUAUUGGAAGAAUAUAAAUGAAAUUUAUAAUGUAAUAAUUCGAAUUUAAAAUAAAAUAAAUUGUUUCUAUAAACCAAAUCGAAUGUAGACAUCGAAUUUAAGCGAAACUUUAAACCACUAUGAUCCAAUAGGAUUCUUACUUUAAAAGUGUAUAAUUUAACAUGAUUCAUUUUUAUAUGUAUAUGUAUGUAUUUAUUUGAAUAAUUUUGACGCAGUACUUAUCAUUAAGUCGACCAACUGGUCGGUCGAUUUAGAAGAAAUAAAAACUAUUUAAAAAGAUAAUUUUGCUCCUAUUUAUUAAUUAUUAUAAGUCAAUAUAGAACUAAACAUAAUUAUUCAUUUAUAACAUCGAUUUAAAAACGAACAAUUUUAUAGUCCAUAAAAUAUAUUAAUAUUUCGGUCCGGUCUCUAAAAGAAUGUGUUCCUAACGGCGAACGAACGGACGACGUAAAUUUGACGUGGCGAACAAUUUACGAAAAAAAAAAAAUUUUUUAAGAGAAAAAAAACUAAUCAUAUUUAGAGAAAUCAAUGUUUUACUUAUAAACGUUGUUAAGUAAAACAUUGAUUAAUGUAAAGUAUGUCAAUUUAAUUUAAUUCUAAAGAAAAGAUUAUAUUUUAUGGUACAUAUUGCCUUGUUGCAUUGUUAUUAUUAAGUGUUUUUACCGCUUGUCAUAAUCAACUGACAGAUGUCAGGAAUGAAUUCUCUUAGCGGAUUUAAUAAUAAAAUUAUUAUCACAAAAACAUCGAUAAUAUGAGAAGUUUAGUAGUCGAAGUUUAUAUUUAUUUAUAUAUUUUUAUUUAACUUUUCCAGUUUAGUACGUUUAGGUCAAAUUUUGCUACUUAAUUUUACACAAGGUCUCUCCAACUGAUUGAGUUAAAAUUAUUCUAUACCCUUACUUCUAUAUUUUUUAUAGUCAAUUCCAAUCAAAGAAGGAGUAGAUAUAAACAAACCAUAGAUUUACAUAUUCCACGCGAUUUGUUAUUAUUGUGAUAUAUGAUUUGGUGUUCUAUUUUUAAAAAGACCAAUUAGAAGUUUUUAUAAAAUCAGUUUGACUUCUGGACGCUGUAUAUAUAUUUUUUAACUGAAACUUCUUUAACAAUUCAAUGUCAAAGUUGUUUAUAAGUCCUGUUCGUACUUCUCUUGUGAUUGGAAUAGCUUUGGAAUAUAAUUGAACAAAAUGAGAACUAAUUAGUUUUUUAACGCAGCGAGGAUCUUAACAUUGAAAAUAAAAUUCGCGCUCUUGCGACGACCUUGCUUAAUAAUAGCAAAUUGAUAAUGAAAUGCAAAUGGCAAAUAUAUAUACGUAUUAAUAUUAAAGCAAUAAUAGUUGUUUAAUAGUCGCCAUGCUUAUAAAUUAUUUGUGCAAUAAUUGUCGCAUAUUUUGUAUGUUUUUUUUAGUACUUCAAUUAAAUAUAUUUGUAAUACAGAAUGUAGUAAAUAUUUUUGUGUAAUUGUGAUAUUUUGUACCUAAAUGAAUGUUUGUACUUAUUUAAUGUUAAUAAAUAUUUAUUAAACUC